UUCAACAAAACCACCUACCGAGGGUAAAUUAACUGAAUUUGUUUUUCUAUUUCACCUAGAAUUGAUUUUGGACGCUGCGAGAUACUUUCUAAAACAUUCUUUUUUUGCUAACAAGACCAUCAAUUAUGUCACCCUCAACGCAGCCACCAACCCAGGGACCAUCAACUAUGCCAGCCACAACCCAGCCUCCAACCAAGGCACCAUCAACUAUGGCACCCACAACGCAACCUCCAACCAAGACACCAUCAACUAUGCAACCAACAACCCAGCCACCAACCAAGGCACCAUUAACUAUGCCACCCACAAGCCAGCCUCCAACAAAGGAAACAACAACACUGCCAACAUCGACAACGCCGCCUUUUAAGGAAACGCCUACUGGGCCAGCUACAACACAGUCACCUACAACAGAGUCACCUACAAUAGCAGGACCACCACCGUCGCCUCCACCAGUGGCCACUACGAAGCAGCCAAUCACCUUACCGAUAGAAGAAGAGGACGAGUGUGAGGAGUAAUCAAUUAAGUCUUUUACAAUGACUGUAUGUGCUUUGAUGACUGAGUAAGAAAGUGCACAAAUUAAAUGAAAUAAAGUCAUGCAGUUGUAACAGAAAGGGUAUCUCUCAUUGCCUUUGUUUUAAACGAUCCGGCUAUCAUUUAAGAUUUGAA